GUAAUUUAGGAAGACAGAGUCGUCAGGGGCACAGAAAUGAUCCCCAACGGGGAAAAAAGGGGGAAGGAAGGAAGAAGAGACAGAAAGACUUAGCUGCAGGAUCACGGAACGGGCAAGUCUGGACUAUUGUCCUGGAGCGAGUAACAUUGCUGCUACUAUAUCGAUUUAUAUGAGGCUCAAAACGACACUGUAACGUUUUUGCAGAAGAAGGAAAAACGCUACCUGGAUGCUGAUGGGCGCACGAGACAGUCAGUGCUCUGCUCACCUGUGAGUGAAGCUUGUCUUGGUGAGAGGAUUGUUAUUAUUAUGCUUCAGCUGAACUGACAGAGUUCUGCACCUUUUACAGAGUAAAGAUGUGGCCUUGGACUUUGGUGGCUGUGGUGUUGCUGUUCCUAACAAACAGAUCUACAGCUCAAGACACGUGUGAUAAUGUGGGCGCGGCGGAUAUCGUGUUCCUGGUGGACGGGUCAUCCAGUAUCGGACGUACCAACUUUGCUCUUGUGAGGAGUUUCAUGGCAGGGAUCAUCAGACCCUAUGCCAGUGCAGUGGGAGCCACCGGAGUCCGGGUCGGAGCCGUGCAGUACAGCGACACAGCUAGGGUGGAAUUUACCUUCACCACGUAUCUAAGCGGCACGGAGCUGCUGAGCGCCAUCGAGAACCUCAACUAUAAAGGAGGAAACACUCGCACCGGAGCCGGGCUCAAAUACAUUGCAGAUAAUUUCUUCAACCCCAGAACCACCAGAGACGUGCCCAAGCUUGCGAUUCUGAUCACAGAUGGUAAAUCUCAGGACAAUGUUCAGGAACCUGCUGAGAAACUGCGCAGCUUAGGAGUCAAGAUAUUUGCCGUGGGUAUAAAGAGUGCAGAUCAGAGAGAACUGGAGCUCAUCUCAUCACCUCCUCAAAGUGAAUUUACUUCCUUCAUUGAGAAGUUUAAAGAUCUCAGCUCUCUCUUGCCCACCCUGUCUCCUCGGGUCUGUUCGGCGUCCGGCGGCUCCUAUUCAAGCGACGAUUCCUUCAGCGCUCCGACCAACCUGACGUUUACAGAGGAGACCUCUAAUUCUCUUCGGUUCAGGUGGACAGCUGCAGGAGGGCCUGUAACAAGUUAUGUGGUCCAGUACACUCCACUGUCUGGUGUGGGGCGGCCCUUAUCUGCUGAGCUACGACAGGAAACGGUGCCAGCCAGUCAGAAGACCUACUUGGCACGAGAUCUUCACUCGGGCACAGAAUACUUAGUGACGGUUAUCGCCCAGUACCCUGACAGAGUGGGCGAGUCUGUGUCUGCCAAAGCUCGAACUAGGUCUGUGAAGGAAGUGCUCAGGAUGAGGCUGGUACAGGCAGGGUUCUUUACUUUAGCUUUGGCAUGGGACCCUCUUUCAGGCACCGUACAGGGGUACAGGAUGACAUAUGGACCACGAGGUGAGCCUGCGCACUUGCUGUGGGACAAGUUUAUUGAGCCCGGGGCCACUUCUGUCACUCUGGACGGUCUAAAGGCGGACACAGAAUACGUUAUCUCUCUGACUCCUCUGUUAGAUAGUAACGAUAUUGUACGCACUGAGAUCACGGCCAGCACACUGCGUCUACAAGGAGUCCAACAGCUCUCUGUGGUCACAAGCUCAAACAGCAGCGUUAACGUGCGAUGGAAAGGAGUGAAUGGUGCCAGAGGAUACAGGCUGGUCUGGGGCCCGUUUGUGGGCACUGUUGUAGACACUGUAGAGGUGAGCGGUGACAGUGAGGCUCACACUCUGGUGAAUCUGCGACCAGACACUGAGUACAUUGUCACAGUCAUUGCUCUGUAUAAUGGAGAAACAGAAGGACCCUCUGCAAAUGCACGCUUUAAAAUAGAGCGAGCGGAGCAGCAGGUCCUGAGAGCUGUUACAACUGGACCUUCCAGCAUCCUGCUGACCUGGAACUUAAUAAAAGAUGCCAAGGGCUAUCGACUGGAGUGGAGGAAAGAGGGAGAGAGCAGCAGAGUUCACAAACAGACCUUCCCCCAGAGUACCACAAGAUACGAGAUCAAAGGCCUUCAGCCGAGUACUGAUUACAUCAUAACUCUGUACACACUGUACGAUGGACGAGAGGAGCCCACGCCAGCAUUACCGCUGGUCGGUCGAGUCACCAACCUGCGAGUGGUGGAGAUAACAGGACGCACUGUACGGCUGGCCUGGACCGGGGUCACCGGGGCAACACAGUACAGCAUUGUUAUUACUGACAUUGAGUCUGGGUCAGAGGUAAAACGUGUUGUUUAUGGAAAUCAAACGACGUUUGAUCUCCGUGACCUCACAGAAGGCGUGUCUUACUCUGUGAGUGUGAGUGCCUUGGUGGGCUACAGUGAGGGACCUUCUGCAACAAUCUACAUCACACCAGAGUUCCAGACAGCAGUGGUUCCAGGCAGGGUGACGAACCUGCGUGUGGUGAAUGUCAACAGUCGACGGAUCAGGAUCGCCUGGAAUCUGGUCCGUGAGGCCACGGGUUACAGAAUCACCUGGAGACAAGGAAAUAAUCCUGAGCAGUUCCAUGAGCUCAAUGGAGAUGUCACUUCCUACACUAUAGAACGUCUUCAGCCUGAUGAUUCUGUCAUUGUGGGCGUGGCUGCUAUGAUUGACAGUCAGCUCGGAGACGUGGAGACUCUCUCUACCAGGACAAACGGCUACGUUGGGACAGUCACAGGUUUACGGUUUCUUGACAUCGGUUCCACAUGGAUUCGCAUAUCAUGGGAUCCUGUAUCCAGAGCGACGGGUUACAAAAUCACCUGGCAUCGUACCGAUGGAACUGAAGACUCUCAGAUAGUAUCUGCCGGUGUCACGUCCUACACCAUCAGCGGGCUACAGCAAGGCGCCGCCUACAAAAUAUCUCUCUCUGCACUGAUUGGCUCUCGUGAGGGACCAGCUGCCACUCAGAACACCAGGACAGUUACAGAGGUCGGACGUGUUACCGGUGUACAACAUGAGACUCGAGGGGAGUUUGUGAGGAUCAGCUGGGUUGGAGUUCAGGGGGCAACAGCAUACAGGGUGAUCUGGAAAAGAUCUGAUGGUGGACAAGAGCUGUCUCAGCUGGUUGGUGGCAAUAUAACAUCUGUGGAUCUGAAACAACUGGAAGGAGAAUCUCAGUAUGACGUUCAGGUCGUGGCUCUGGUCCAGAACAGAGAAGGACCUCCGGUUUCUGUCAAGGUCACCACAGGUCCGGUGUAUGAUGAGCGACCAGAGGGAGUUCGUGUUGAACAGGUAGCUCCUGGAUCACUGCGUAUCGUAUGGAGAGCAGUGAGAGGAGCUGAUGGAUACAGAAUCUACUGGAGCUCCUCACAAGGUGAAAGUGAAUCGAGUCAUCUGGUCAAUCGAGACCUGACCUCAUACACGCUGGAAGGACUUCGUCCUGGACUGACUUACACCGUCAGACUGGCUGCUGUGCUGAAUGGCAGAGAAGGUCAACCGGUCACCAUCACACAGUCCACUGCUUCCAGGCAGUCUGUAACAGACUUCAGGGUGGAAGACAUUACCCAGAAUUCUGUACUGCUGGCGUGGAAACCCCUCUCAGGUGCCACUCGAUAUGUACUGCGAUGGCAGGAUGAAAGAGACCCAGAUAGCAUCCAGUCUCUCACUCUCCCUGAUACAACCAACUCGUUCCGUGUGACGAACCUGAGACUGGGCAGCCGGUACCGUUUCACCGUGCAGCCCGUCUUCUAUGAUUACACCGGACUCGAGUCUGUCGUGGAAGAGCGCACAGUGUGUGUGGAUGGGCGUUUGGAUGUGGUUUUCGUGGUCCCUGCCACUCGGGAUCGCUCUGCUUUAGAGGAACCCAUUUUGUCGUUGCUUACCAGCGCAGCCGGAUCUCUUGCCUCCAUCGGGGCCCGGGACUCACAGGUGGCGGUGGUGGUCUACGGCGCUGAACCCAAAGUGCGCUUCCUGCUCAGUCGGCAUAGCAACAGGGAAAGCCUUCUGCGGGAGAUUUUGUCCACCUCAUUUACUGACAGAACAGGAAAUAAUAUAGGUCAGGCCUUGACGUUCACACGGCAGUAUCUCUUGAGUUCGAGUGCGGGUCGAAGGCCUGGCGUUCCGGGCGUGGUUGUUAUCAUCACUGACAGGAAAUCUGAAGACGAUGUCCGCCGUCCUGCGACUGCACUUAGAGAUUCGGGUGUGGCGGUGCUGGCCGUCGGACUCGGGCGAGCGAACUCGGACGAGCUGCUGGCUUCGGUUACAGACAGCAGCACUCAGAAUCUGCUGCAGGCUCGAGAUGCAGAUGAUCUCUACAGACUCCAACCUGAGCUAGCAGAGAUGCUCUGUGGCUUCGCGAGAGGAACGGUUGUCCCGGGUCCAGGACCUGAAGGAUGUACUGUUCAAUGCCCACCGGGUCAGAAAGGGGAACUGGGGCAGAAGGGUGAGAGAGGAAGUGAUGGAGUGCCUGGGAGGAAAGGAGACCCUGGUCGUGAUGGCACUCCUGGGCGUGAGGGCCCCAGGGGACCCGAGGGACCCGUUGGUCCUCCAGGAGCGUCCAUAAGAGGAGAAAAAGGAGAACCUGGGGUUUCAGGGCUGCAGGGGAAUCCAGGCGUUCCUGGUCGUUCAGGAACCCCCGGCGUUGCAGGACCACCUGGCUUGCAGGGAUUACCAGGAGUCAGAGGAGACCUUGGAGAGACCGGUAGUGCUGGUUUGCCUGGACCUAAGGGACAGAAAGGUGAUCGGGGUGAGCCUGGAUCUGCCGUCGGAGUUGUGCCAGGGCGCAAAGGAGAGCCAGGUCUACCUGGGCUACAUGGUACUCCAGGACUACCAGGCAAAGAUGGGGCAAAGGGAGAGGCAGGUGUUCCGGGACUGCCAGCAAAAGAUGGCCGCCCUGGGACACCGGGCACACCUGGGCUCUCGAUAAAGGGUGAGAAAGGAAGUCGUGGAGAACCAGGUAUUCCUGGAGGGGGCAGUGGGGCUGUAGUUAAAGGAGAAAAAGGUGAACCGGGACGUCUCGGGCUUGCAGGUCCUCAAGGACCCACCGGAUUGACAGGUCCGAAAGGAGCCAAAGGAGAAACUGGAGAGGGUGUAAAGGGCAGUGCAGGACUUCAAGGCCCACCAGGAGAGCCGGGUGACAGGGGUCCCAGAGGUCCUCCUGGUGAAAUCGGAAGCAAGGGAGAUCGUGGCCAGGGUGGAGAGCCUGGGUCACAGGGUGACAGGGGUGAGAGAGGGCCACCUGGUCCUGCAGGGGAUAAGGGUGAUAUUGGUAGACCAGGACUCUCAGGAUCCCCGGGGCCCAGGGGUUUGCCAGGUAUAAAUGGACUUCCAGGUGAAAAGGGAGCCCAUGGAGCGAAAGGCGAACCGGGCGAUGGCUCAGGAUCACACGGAAAGAAAGGAGAGAAGGGUGAACCUGGAGCUGCAGGUCCUGAGGGUUCUGCAGGUGAUAAAGGAGAUCCAGGACAGAAAGGAGAUCGGGGUCUUCCUGGAGUAGGACUACCUGGUCAGCUUGGACCUAAAGGCGAGCAGGGUGAUCGGGGUCUUUCUGGACUUGCUGGAAGAGCUGGAGCAAAGGGAAACCAGGGGGAACCAGGAGAGAGAGGAGAGCAGGGAAGUCCUGGACCUGCAGGGCCGCCUGGACCCCGAGGGAAAGACGGCCUAAAAGGUGACAAAGGAGAAGAUGGAGUUCCGGGUGAGUCCGGUUUGCCCGGGAAGCCAGGAGAGCGUGGACUGAGGGGUCUUUCAGGCCAAGCAGGUCAACCAGGAGAAAAGGGAGACAUGGGGGAUCCUGGAGAGCAUGGACGAAAUGGAGCUCCUGGGGCUGUGGGACUACGAGGACAAAAGGGAGAUCAGGGCAUCCAAGGUCCCCCAGGGCCCCCUGGAGAUAUGGCCGAGGGACAGACACUUCUCAAGGGAGAACGAGGAGAAAAGGGAGAGCCCGGAGACCCUGGGAAAGAUGGUAGUAAAGGUCAGCAAGGAGAAGCAGGAAUCCCAGGCACACCAGGAUUACGGGGACCUGAGGGUCAGCGUGGACCAGUAGGAGCAAGGGGAGAUCCAGGAGAGAGAGGAAGUCCUGGAGAAAAGGGAGAAAGAGGUGCUGCUGGUUUGGAUGGACGUCCUGGUCAAGAUGGGAAACCCGGACCACCUGGACCUUCCGGUUUAAGGGGUGAUCCUGGCAAAACAGGGGAACCUGGCAGAGACGGAUUAGCAGGACUCAGAGGACCUCAGGGGCCUCCAGGGCCUGUAGGACCUCCAGGAGCUGCAGGAAUAUCUGGUAAACCAGGAGAAGAUGGAAAACCUGGAUCUUCAGGAAAACCAGGUGAAGACGGCGUCCCCGGUGAGGACGGCAGAAAGGGCGAGAAAGGAGAAUCGGGACCUGCAGGAAAAAAUGGUCAGGAUGGGCUGAAAGGGGAUCGGGGAAUCGCAGGACCUUCUGGACCCGUUGGACCACCAGGGGUUCCUGGGAACAUCGGACCUCCAGGGCAGGUGAUAUAUGUAAAAGGGGCUGAUGUAUCACCUAUCCCAGGACCGCGAGGACCACCAGGACCUCCUGGAAUAGCUGGGGUUCCAGGAGACCCAGGAGCUAGGGGUGAAAGAGGACCACAAGGAGUAAAAGGAGAUCAGGGAGAUCCAGGAGAAGAUGGCUCACCUGGUAAACCAGGGACUCCAGUGGAUGUGAAAAGAGCACUUUCAGAUUUUGGCAUUGAGGUCAGGGAUCUACAGGCAGUGAUGGAAAAUAAAGAUGUCCUGAUGAGGGAAAUAAUAGAACGAACAAAUAAAGGACCAAAAGGAGAUAAAGGAGAUUUAGGACCCCAAGGCCCCACUGGUUCAGAUGGUGUUCGAGGAUUUCCAGGGGAGCGAGGAGUAAAGGGUGAUAAAGGAGACACGGGACCUCCUGGUCUCCAGGGUCCUACAGGCAGGGCUAUUGGAGAAAGAGGCCCAGAGGGUCCUCCUGGACAGGCAGGUGAGCCUGGCAAACCAGGAAUACCUGGAGUACCGGGAAGAGCUGGGGAAUUAGGAGAGUCUGGUAAACCUGGAGAUAAGGGAGAGAGAGGAGAGAAAGGAGAAAAAGGGGAGACGGGUAAAUCUGGGAUAAAUGGUGUUGCGGGACCUCCUGGACCUAAGGGUGACUCUAUAGUUCAAUCUGUUCCUGGUCCACGGGGUCUACCGGGCCCUCAAGGUAUUAAAGGAGAAGAGGGUAUACAAGGACCUUCUGGACCUAAAGGAGAGCGGGGAGUUUCAGGUUUCCGUGGAGAGAAGGGCGAUAGGGGAGAAGUAGGGGAAAAGGGCAGAGACGGCCUCCCUGGUUUAGCAGGAGAACCUGGGAAACCUGGACAGGAUGGAAAGCCGGGCUUGCCUGGGUUCCCAGGAGUGCUGGGCAGACCGGGGAACUCUGGAGGGCCAGGGAUUCAAGGACCACCUGGACAAAUGGGUCCUGUAGGACCUCCAGGACCACCAGGUGUGAAGGGUGACCAUGGAGAGGCAGGAGUCGGAAUUCAAGGUCCUCCGGGACCUCAAGGCAUCCGAGGAUUGCCCGGACUUACAGGCACACCAGGAGCUAUAGGGCCACAAGGAUCUCCAGGCCUCCCAGGACAAACGGGAGAAGGAGGAAAGCCCGGGGUUCCUGGAAGAGAUGGCAUACCUGGAAAGGAAGGAACACCAGGCUUACCAGGAAAGCAGGGUAUAGCAGGACCGGCCGGACCUUUAGGCCCGAAAGGCGAGCAAGGAGACACCGGGCCGUCUGGAAAAUCAGUAGCUGGACCCCCUGGAGUGAAGGGAGAGCGGGGUCCUCCUGGUGAUACAUUGCCUGGAGUAGCAGGAGAGAGAGGUUUACCUGGACCGCAGGGUAUUAAAGGAGAUAAGGGACCAGCUGGAAUCAAAGGUGACCGAGGUACAAGCGGUGACCCGGGUGAGCCUGGUGAAAGCGGACAAAGAGGACCACCAGGACCUAAAGGAGCCAAAGGUGAAGCGGGUGUGGGAAUGGUAGGCCCUCCAGGGCAGACUGGACCUGCAGGCUUAAAGGGUGAUCCUGGUCUUCCAGGCCCUUCAGGCCCACCUGGACCUCAGGGAACAUCAGGAACACCAGGACUCGCUGGUCAAAGAGGGGAAACAGGUCAACCGGGAAAUCCAGGACCUCCAGGGGAGAGGGGUCUGCAAGGCUUCAUAGGAAAAGCAGGAAACACAGGGACAGCCGGUAAUCCCGGGGCACCAGGACCACCGGGUAGUGCAGGUCCACCGGGGCUUAAAGGCGAUAAAGGUGAGGUUGCUGUAGGAGUACCAGGACAGAGAGGAGAGAGAGGAGACCCUGGGCCUCGGGGAGAAGAGGGACGAGCUGGGGUGGAUGGAGAGAGAGGACCUCCGGGAUUUGCAGGUGGCAAAGGAGCCAGAGGAGAAAAGGGUGAAGCAGGACCUCACGGAGAGAAAGGAGAGAAGGGUGAAACUCUGUUGGUGGGGGGGCCUGCUGGGGAGAAGGGAAAUAAAGGCGAAACGGGAGAACGAGGUGCGAAAGGAUUGCAAGGUGAAAAGGGCGUUAAAGGACAAGAGGGACCACCAGGAGUACAGGGUCUGCGUGGAGAGGCAGGUGAACGGGGGUCACCUGGGUUUCCAGGCGCUCGUGGACCAGGAGGACAAAAGGGAGAAGCUGGACUACCUGGACUACCAGGAGAAUCUGGUACAUCUGGGAAAGAUGGCCCCCCUGGCAUGAGAGGAGAGAAGGGAGAGAUUGGAAUCAUCGGCAUGCGAGGACCUAAGGGAGACAGAGGAUCCAAAGGAGCGUGUGGACCAGAGGGACAAAAAGGAGAAAGAGGGGAUUCUGGUUUGCACGGCAGAUCAGGUUUACCUGGAAGAAAAGGAGAACCGGGUGAUGUGGGAACUCCAGGAGCCACAGGAGUGGCAGGAAAAGAGGGACUCAUCGGACCCAAAGGUGACCGAGGAUUUGAUGGUCUAAUGGGAUCAAAGGGAGAACAGGGAGAAAAGGGUGAACGGGGUCCUCCUGGCAUCCCUGGCCCCCCAGGUCCCCGUGGUGUUGAUGGUCCUCCAGGUCUGACAGGCCCUCAAGGACCUGCUGGAGUUAAAGGGCCUGAAGGGCUGCAGGGACAGAAGGGUGAACGCGGUCCUCCAGGCCUUGCUUCGGUUGGCCCUCGUGGCAUCCCAGGAAUCCCAGGAGAGAGAGGAGAACAGGGAGAAACCGGUCUCGAUGGAGCGAAAGGAGAGAGGGGAGAGCUGGGCAUGACGGAGGAAGAAAUCCGAGCGUAUGUUCGGUCUGAGAUGAGUCAGCACUGUGCCUGUGGAGGUGUUGGAGAAAUUCAGGCUCGGUCAGCGGUGCAGUCUUUCCGAGCUCGCUCUUCAGUAUCUUCUGAGCACUCACUAGUCCAAGGGGAUGAGGAGGCAGGUCGUGAGCUACAUGUUGUGGUAAACACAAAUGACCCAGAUUAUGAGGAUGCUUACUCUAUAGAGAGCUACGAUGAGCCCAUGGAGGAAAUUCUUGACAUUAUGCCCUCUGUCAAUCAUAGCCAAGUGAGAGAGAAAAGAGAGGUUAAAGGUGAAGAUCCGUGUGCCUUGGUGCUGGAUGAAGGCGGAUGCUCCAGAUACACUUUGCGCUGGUACUUUAAUGCUCAGGUGGGCGAGUGCAGACCCUUCAUCUAUAGCGGCUGUGGCGGAAAUGCUAACCGUUACACACAUAAAGAGGAGUGCGAAGAACACUGCCUACAACAGAGCAGAGAUGCUCUGAAGCCGAACAUUGGACGUGAGAAUACCGUCAAGAUACCGUCUCUCUCAUCUCAUCCGUCCAUAAAACCUGUCCUCAGAUAUUUCUUGGCCCAGUCUUGACAUUUCAGUUUCAGUGUCUUGUUCAGUGGUGGUCGGGUUUCAGCCUUCUUUAACUUGUUCAUGUCUUUGUGCACUGAACACCUUAUACUUCUGGGCAUUCCAGAUAGGUUGUAGUUCUAGAGUAUGACAGCACUGGAGGAUAACGAAGUUCCUACUAGCUUCACGUUUAAUUCUUCUCAAAUUAAUUUAAUUAGUUAAUUAGCAGUUAAUUUGCAUCUUUUUCCCCCCCAUCACGUUUUUUGCGAACUUGUUGACAAUUUGCAACAAAACAAUUCAUGGUUCUGUGAUCACACCCCAAAACUCUUAGCUUAGUGCUGCAUUUCUUCUUCUUCUUCUUCUUCUUCUUCUUCUUCUUCUUCUUAUUAUUAUUAUUAUUAUUAUUAUUAUUAUUAUUAUUAUUAUUAUUAUUAUUAUUAUUAUUGGUUUUUUUUUUUUUUUUUUUUUUUGGACUUUUCAGAGUUUUUUGCCCCAUUUAGCCUAAGGAAAUGAAGCUGCCUAAUAAUCAUGCUCACCUUGAUAUACAGUAGGGUGUUGAUCUCUUUAGGCCACACUCUCCCUCAUUACAUAAAUACACAUCACCUGAUAUGAUUAAAUCCAGUAAGCAUUCAAGUCUCUACAGCUUUUAGUUGGAAAAUAUGCAUAAAAAUGAUGAUAAAAUAUUCUAUACUUGUGUAUAGAAAUUUUAGUCAUUUGCUAAACGUGUUAAUAUUUUUCUUUCAGUAUGGAUAAUUUGUACAUCUUGCAUUAUUGACUCCAUAGUCCAGACAUUAUGAUUAUACAGAUCGAAUUUUCCCCUUAAUGAAUGCUGUGUUUCCGUUCAGUUUUUGCUCCUGUUUUUACUAUGGUGCUAAAAGACACAGGACCUGUAGUACACGCAGACUGCAGCAGGUUUCUGCCAGUGAAUCAAAUCCAUCACCUGCUUUAUAAUAAUACAUUCUGCAUUAGCUUGUUUUAAAAAGUGCUGGUGGUAUUGUUUUAUCAGCGUGGGCUGGGUAUUGACUAAAAAUGUUUGUGAAUCUCUAGUUGCAAUGACAUUACAGAAGUGAUGAUACGUCUGCUUACAUGUGCAGAAUCACUGCCAUAUUUGCAGCUGCUAUUUUUAGUACACAGUCAGUCUCUGGUGUAUAGAGAAGCUGUAACUGUAAAUAUAGAACUGUAUUUUUUUCCCCCCACAAAUGUUUCUUGAAUUGCAUGUUCACUUUGCUUUAAAAACUAAUAAAGACAAAUGGUGCUAUUUUUCAGACA